GGAGUUACGGCUUUGCAGGGAGGCGAUAUUGAGUACGACCCAGUGAGAAUAAAUCUCUCCGGAGAUGGACACACCAGAGAAGAACCGCGUCUCCGCCGUUUCGUUCUGCAGCUUUGAGGAUUCUCCAGUGUUUCAAUAUAUUAAUGGCCUUUCCCCCAUAGAACCAGUAAAGGCAGAACACGCUGAUAAUAUCUUGCACUCAUUGGAUUUUGCAUCUCCAUCAUCUCUAUUUAGUUCACCGCAGAUGAACUCUUGCCGAGAUUCCAGAUUUUCCAUCAAAAGGCAUCGUUCUUUAGAUCUAUCUAGUCCAGUAAUCCUCCUUGGUGAGAAUGUAAAAAGCUCACCAGAUGUUCUGGAAGGUGUUAAGAUAUCCGGUCUAUGCGAGGAGCAGCUAAAGUGUAGACCUGAGCAGUUGGAAAAUGUUUCUGAAACCAAGCCAUUUAAGGAGCAGGUUAGCUUAGCAAUUGAGUUGGCGAAUUCACUGACCAACGGAAAGGAUGGAUGUGAUAUUCGAAUGGUUUCUUGUGAUGAAGUAGCAACAAUGGAUGCUGAAAAGGAAAUAGGUAGUUUUGGAUCGAGAAAGCAAUCUGAUGAGUUAUGUAGACAGCCUAAUGAACUUGAUGCCGAUUCAGAUGGGGUGAUUCAAACGGAAGAUUUGGAAGCUGAGAUUGGGUCUUGUGCAGGGUUAAAAUUGUUUGAUGUUGCUGGUAUCCAGAACAGUGAGAAAGAAAUUCUUCAGGCCAAGGAUCCUAGAUUUAAUUCUUUUACUUCUGCGCCUCAGCAGCUGUCUAUCUGCUGUAAUAACUCAGGGAAUGUAGUAGAGCCUGGAGGUUCUAGUAGUGUGCUAGUUGCAGUUGGAGUUCCAGACAGCCCACUCAGCAGUUCAUCCAACGUUGCAGCUAUUGAUUCAACUGCCAAUGCUGAAGACAAGAAAGAAGCAGGAAUACAACCCAGUCACAAGCAACGGAGUGUACGCAGGCGCUGCUUGACUUUUGGCGUGGGAGGAUCUUACAAAAGAAUACCUUUGCGUGAUUCUUCAAACGAUCUUCCCCCUGAUUUUACAUCUCUCAACAGAGCUCCUAAUCCUCAUAAAUGUUUAGACUCCAGCAAACAAGAUACUGAUGAGAUUCUACCCAUACCACGAACAAUUGGCCUGCACUUGAAUAGUCUCGUGAACCCCUCAGUCUCAAGUUACCAAAUUAAACUAAUUUCCAAAGAAGGCUGUGUUUUAUCUCAUGGUGAAGAUGAAUGCUCAACUCCUGUUUCCACUAAUAGAGAUUUGGUUUCUUGUGAUAACAAAACCAUGGAGAAGGCUCCUGCGAGUUCUUUGGAAGGAGAAUGGUCUGAGGAACUUGGCAGCUGUAAGCGCUGUAGAUGUAGGAAAUCCAAAUGCUUGAAGCUGUACUGCGAUUGUUUUGCUGCUGGUGUAUACUGUAUUGAACCUUGUUCGUGUCAAAACUGUUUCAAUAGGCCAAUUCAUGAAGACAUAGUUAUGAAAACUCGUCGAAUGAUUGAAGAUCGCAACCCAUUAGCUUUUGCUCCAAAAGUGAUCUCGACUUCUGAUUCUGCUACAGAUUUCGGGGAAGAGAGCAGAAAGACUCCUGCUUCAGCAAGACACACGAGAGGAUGCAACUGCAAGAAAUCAGGCUGUUUGAAGAAAUAUUGUGAAUGCUAUUUGAUGGGCGUUGGAUGCUCCCCGAGCUGCAGAUGCAUAGGAUGCAUGAAUAUUCUUGAUCACACAAAUAAGCAAUUCCAAUUUCCUAGCGUGGUAGAAUCUGAUGCGGUUACAAUCAAGGAUGAAGCUAAAGAGCAUGGUGAUUAUUUGUAAAUAAGUCUAGUUUGGUAGGUAUAUAUAUGAUAAGAUAUAUGGAAGAUUUUUGCGUAGGACGAAUGUGUAUGUCUGUGUUUACUCUGCUCUUGUUUGAAUUUGUAGUGUUGUUUUUUUUUCACUGAAAAAAGUUUUUGUAAGCCGGC